UCUUACUCCCUUUUGCCCCUCCCACCUCUUUCUCUCUCUCUCGCUCCCUUCAGGGAGCCCGGAGUAGGGCAGAUGAGUGGGUGGAGCCUGUGGUCUCUCCUGAGGCAGAACAGAGGGAUUGUAGGUCAAUAUGGAUCCUAAAGAACCUGGUGGGAAUGAGCGAGAGAAUGAAAAAGAGGAGAAAAAAGAGAAAGAGAGAGGACUAAAGCGGAGAAAUCGUCUGUUCCUCAGAUAUCUGGAGAGGAGGAGAACCGACACCAUCGUGGAUGAAGAUUCUGGUAAAGGAGACAUCAGCAUCAACACACUGGUGAGGAGAAGCCAGUCCGAUAAAACCGAAUACAGCGCUAAACUUAAAGAGAAAAUGGCUCCACAUGACUUGUUGUCGCCCACCUCCCCUUCGCUGGACCCCGAGGAGAUCCGCCAGCGCAAGAUGGUGAAGAGGUCAAAAGUCAUAGAUGAGCUGGUGAGGACAGAGGGGGAUUACCUGACUGAUCUGGAGCUGUGUAUCAGAGAGGUGCUGCAGCCGCUCCGCAACACACAGGUGGUGGAUGUGGAGCGUCUGUUUACCAAUAUGGAAAGUGUGUGUGCUGUGUCUGGAGAGUUGCUGCACAGACUGCAGGAGGCCACAUCAGAACCUGAUCCAGAAACACAGCUGAUAGGGGAGGUUUUCAUUCAGGUCAAGGCAGCUGUGGAGGAGGUCUAUAAGAUCUACUGUUAUCACCAUGACGAAGCUAGCGCGUUACUAAAGACGUAUGAGAAACAGGAGGAAAUACAGCAGCAUUUCAAAACCUGCAUAUCUGCACUAAAGCAGAUUUAUGACCAGCAAGGGAAGCCCAAUCUGCUGGACAUGGGGUCAUUAAUCAUUAAGCCUGUCCAGCGUGUGAUGAAAUAUCCACUCCUACUGGCUGAAUUGUGGCAGGCCACACCUACUGACCACCCUGACCACCAACCUCUGCAGGAGGCUCUGACUGCAGCAAAGAUCAUCAACAUUAAUAUCAAUGAGUUCAAGCGGCGGAAGGACAUUGUGUUGAAGUACAAGAGGAGUGAUGAUGAAGGAACCCUGAAGGGCAAGUUGAACAAGUUCAGCAUUCACUCUCUCAGGAAAAAAUCCGACCGUAUCACCGGCUACUUCAAAAUCCUCACUGGAGUGGAGCCGCAGAUGCGUGAUGCGGUGUUUGAUAAAGAAGAGAAGCAGUUCCGCAACCUGGAAAAAGCCAUUAGACAGCUGGUGAAGAACAUCAGCCUCUUACAGCAAAACGCACAGGAGAUGAUAUCCGUUGCAGUCCGGAAUGUGGAAGACUUGGAUGCCAUCAUGAAGGAUCCUGAUAAAAUAGACACCAAUGGCUAUCAACACAGGAGGAAUGGCCACGACCCUUAUAAACAAUUGAGUGAUCGUCUCGAGAGGCUGGUGGUGGCUCCUCUCUCUGCUCUACAAGCCAUGUUCUCUGCACCUCAGAAGCUGAUUCAGAAGCGCUACGAUAAACUGCUGGACUGCUGCAGCUGCCCUGAUGAAGCGUCCUCCUGCAGUGAGGAGCAGCUCCAGGCCCAGAGAGACUACCAGGCCUUGAACGCCCAGCUUGGGGAGGAGCUACAGCGCUUUAACAGGGCAGCCAGCACCAUCCUCACCAACAGCCUGCUAUGUAUGGUGGGGUUGUUGAGGGGGCUGGUGGAGGUGGCCAGACCUCGAGUUCAACAGCUGCCUGCUCCCCUGUCAAACAUCAGUGAGGUCCAGAACAGCAUUAUGGAGGAGAUCAAUAACCUGGCCUUUGUCAGAGACAACUCGCAGAAGCUAAUGGAGCGCAAAGUCAGCUUUGAGAAAAGAGAAAGGAAGAACCCGGCUCCAGAGGUCCAGCGGCAGACAGAGGCCCACAGGGCACGGCUCCUGGCGCAGCACCCACAGGAUCGCAUCUACCAGCUGAAGAGAAACUGUAAUGCCUGCCAAGAUCAGGACAUUUCCCUGCUGGAGGGGGAGCUGGUGGCCCUGCUGGAGGACUACGACCCACUGGGCAGCACUAGCCGUUGGCUAGUGGACACUGGAAGUAUGCAGGGCUACGUGUACUCCACCUUCCUGAAGGCGUAUAACCCCCAGCGGGACGUUAGCGAGCGUCCUGAUGAUUUUGAUAAUCUGAGCCUGUUCGUGUCAGGCAGCAGAAGCAGCAGCCUGUACAGCUUCAACCAGCAGGGGGAACCACAGAACACACAGGAGCAGCCGGACAUCGCUGACGAGCAACAUUUCUACGCAGUGUAUGCAUUCAAGGCGCGCUGUGAGCAGGAGCUGACCCUGCAGGAGUACCAGCCUGUCCGAAUCCUGCAGUUCUCUGACCUCGGGGGUAAUAAAGACUGGUGGCUGGCUGAGGCCAAUGGUCAGCGAGGCUACGUCCCAGCUAAUUACCUUGGCAAGAUGUCCUAUGCCUGAAGAAAGACGAAACCAAAGCACCUCUGACCUUUAUUUUUCCAUCAACGCUGUUUUUAAACACAGAUUCUGCUUAAAUGAAGGCCAAAACUUGCACUAAGAGAUGACCACUGUUAGCACUUUGUAUUUCUACCUACAGUGUUUCAUUUGCCACACUGAUGAAGAGUAUAAUAAUAUGUGAAGUCACCAGAGAAGUUAUAUAUACAUAGUCACAGCAUAUGAAGAGAAUUUAUUGAGAUCGUCAUAAUUUUAUAACAUUAGAAGUGAAAGCUGUAACUUAAUUGCCUGAUUAACGACAAAUAAAUAUAUUCUAAAACAGAA